AUGCUUAUGGCAAGGCGCGCUCCUCGAGCCGACAUGUACUAUCGAGCCCUGUGCCCUGUACCGAUCAUGAUCACUGCCGUACCGGCAAGUAGACCCCCUGAACCACGCCAAUUUCCGUUCCGAUACUCUCCCUCUGACUGCGGUGCAGUGACACGCUAUUCCGUAUAUCUCUCAAUCUUGGAUAACCCCCACCUUCAUUUUCUCAUAAUAUCCACUUUGCCUUUCACUUUAGCUUCCAUCUUUCACAACCUAGAGCCAAUCAAGAUUCCAGCGCAGUGCGAACAAUGCUCCAAUCGUGUCUUGCCGAACUCCAGCACGACCAUCGGUCGUACCCUCAUCAUGGUAGGAGAAUGGGAUUUCUUGGAAGAGUGUACUAGACUCUUUUAUGAGAAACGCUUGAGGAUGUUCCAUCGAGACAUUAGAUUUGUCGUAGAGAAGGACGGCAUGUACGUUGCACCGAUACUUGACUUUGUUCUGAAGGAAGAAAGGUUAAGCGUGUUGACGCCGUUGAUGAUUGAGUGGCUGGCUGAUACCUUUAAAGCUCGAGAUCGACCCCAGGUUUAA